CGAGGCAAGGCGCUGAGGCGCAAAGACGCCCGCGACGGGCCGCAUCACGUGACGCGCGGCGUACCUUGAUAAGCGCGCGCUUGCGCGUGUCCCGGGGAACCGCUGACGGUAGUGCGCGCUUCCAAGAGGCGGAGGCGGAGGCGGGGGCCGGACCAGCCAAGGGCUGCGGGAGUCGCUGGGCCCGACGGAGUGGGAGGGUGAGGCGAGCUCCGAGACGGCGACGACGACAUUCCGAGCUAGCCCUUGAGGCCGAGUGGAGAAGAUGCUGUGGUUCCAGGGCGCCAUUCCGGCCGCCAUCGCGUCGGCUAAGAGGAGCGGCUCGGUCUUCGUGGUGUUCGUGGCAGGUGAUGAUGAACAGUCUACACAGAUGGCUGCAAGUUGGGAAGAUGAGAAAGUGACAGAAGCAUCUUCAAACAGUUUUGUUGCUAUUAAAAUUGAUACCAAAAGUGAAGCCUGUCUACAAUUUUCACAAAUCUAUCCUGUAGUAUGUAUUCCAUCCAGUUUCUUUAUUGGAGACAGUGGAAUUCCUUUGGAAGUAAUAGCAGGAAGCGUUUCGGCAGAAGAACUUGUUGCAAGAAUUCACAAAGUCCGGCAGAUGCAUUUACUGAAAGGUGAAACAUCAGUGGCAAGUGGCAGCCAGUCAGAAAGUCCAAUGUCUACUUCAUUUGCCUCAUUUGAACCUAACAGCACUUCUGAAAAUUCUCAGUCAAGAAACACAGGUUGUAAGACAUCACCUACUUCUGAUACAAACCUAGAUACUGCAACAGGAGGAGCAAGUUCAAGCCAUGUUCCUCCCUCUCAAGAGAAUAAUGGUUGUUCAAAUGAGAGAUCUGCAGAGGACCUCACCGUCAGAGUGGAAAGAUUAACAAAAAAGCUUGAAGAAAGGAGAGAGGAGAAGAGGAAAGAAGAAGAACAGAGAGAGAUUAAGAAGGAAAUUGAGAGAAGAAAAACUGGAAAAGAAAUGUUGGAUUAUAAAAGAAAACAAGAAGAAGAAUUAACAAAAAGAAUGUUAGAAGAAAGAAAUAGAGAAAAGGCAGAAGACAGAGCAGCUCGAGAGCGUAUAAAACAGCAAAUUGCGAUGGAUCGUGCAGAGCGAGCUGCUCGUUUUGCAAAGACAAAAGAAGAAGUAGAGGCUGCCAAAGCUGCUGCUGCCUUGUUGUCCAAACAGGCAGAAAUGGAAAUCAAGAGGGAAUCAUAUGCACGAGAAAGAAGUACUGUUGCAAGAAUUCAAUUCCGUUUACCUGAUGGGUCUUCCUUUACAAAUCAAUUUCCUUCUGAUGCUCCACUAGAAGACGCAAGACAGUUUGCUGCACAAGUGAUUUAUGUACACUUGGGAAAUAUCAAAGGCAAUUUUAUCCUCUUGCAGCAAAUAAAACCAGUAGCAAGCACCUUCUACAGAUAAUAAAACCAGGUCUAGAAUCUUCGGUGUGAUGAUUGUGCUAAUGUUUAUCUUUAUUUAGUUUGUUUAUUUUUUAAUUUUUAGGCAGGACGGCCAGCUACAUCUGUUGUACACUCUUCCAGUGGAGAUAUUUGGACCUUAUUGGGGACAGUACUUUAUCCAUUCCUUGCCAUCUGGAGAUUGAUUAGCAAUUUCUUAUUUAGUAAUCCUCCUGCACAGACUUCAGCAACAGCAGCAUCACCUGAACCUUUAAACUCUGCAUCAUCUAGCAAAUCAGAAAAAAGGGAACCAGUCAGAAAAAGAGUGCUGGAGAAACGAGGGGAAGAUUUUAAAAAGGAGGGGAAGAUAUAUAGAUUGAGGACUCAAGAUGAUGGUGAAGAUGAAAACAACACUUGGAAUGGAAAUUCUACUCAGCAGAUGUAGUGCAAUAAGUACAAUAUGUCAAUAAUCAUUGUUUCUCUUACGAUUUAAUUCAACUAAAAUUCUACUGGAGAAGUGGGUCUGCAUUGUUUCCCAACUUACCUAUAAAAAAUUUCUUUAUUCCUGCUUUAUGGAUGUGGGUUAGAGUUUAACUCAGAAAAGACAAAAUGAUUGGCUGCUAGGUUCUCGUAUAUAAUAACCAACUGCUAGAAACCUAAAAAAUUAAAAGGUUUGCCACAUUCUCCAUCAGCUUUUUAAUUGUUUUCAUAGAUCUUUAGCCAUGUGCUCUCACAUGAAAUGUUUUGUUUAGAAUACUUUUUGCUUUAAGACUCAUAAAUCCACACAAAGUAAAGAUAUGUCACUAAUUUGAAUCUUCGAGAAUUUUAACUAGCCAAUCAGAUAACAUAGAUUUAACUUUUUUUUUUCCUUUUCAUCAGCUGCAAGUAAUACCUUAUAGUUUUUAAACUGAAUAAAAAAUUUUCCAAAGAUCA